AUGCAAGGCAUCGCCUUCGGGACCAUUCCAGCGCUACUGCGUAAGAAUCCCUGGGCAGUCAGCAAAGGAGAAAGCGAUGAAAAUGAGAGGCUCCUGAACUAUUCCGAGGUGCCUUUUCAGAUCAAGUGGCUUCUUUGUCUUGUGGUUGAAAGACAAGGACCCGUGCAACAGCUUCGUUCCCGGGAGUCGAAGUUGGUGAUCCUCCUCUUCUUCUCUGGCUGUGUUUUACUUUCUUUUUCCAGCAACGUCGUGGACAUGUUGAUGUUGGAGCCUCCUGCCCUGUCGUCGCUCGUGCCACUGGUUGGAGCAUUGGCAGGCCUGACCGCUCUGGCUGAUAUUCUGAUGGAUGGCUGGGGGGUGGAGAGGUUGCCGCCAGCCCAUGCAUCUUUGUGCCAGAGCGUGGGCCUGGAGCUGGGCUUUCUCUCUGCCAAUGCGGUGUUCUUCCAUCUGAAGGAUCCUGCAAGCAUGGACCUACUAUCCACGCUGUUCCAAUUGGCCGGCGCGCUUUCCCUAGCCAUUGCUGGCUGUCUAUAUCUCCGGAUCCCUGGACCAGCAAAUCGUCCCGCUCCUGCCCCUCAGGAACAGGGAUUUCUCCGUCAAGUCUUUGGAGUUUUGGUGCAGAAUACCAGGAUGCAACUUUUCCUGAUAUUGAUGCUGGGGCUGAAUCUCAUCAAUGGUCACUUGGACUUUCAAAAUCAGCGCUAUGAUGCACUCGGACUCACACCAGAGAAACUUGCGCUGUGGAAUAUCUGGGCCGUGCCCGUAUCUUUUUGCACAGCUGGCCUUCUUGGAACUUCAAUAUGGCCGGCGCAUCGUCUUAGGUCUCUGUAUCUUGGACUUGUGAUCCUCAAUUUCGUAUCCAUCUGGCAUUUAGGGGCCUGUCAAGCUGCGAAGUCAGAGAUGCUGGAAGCUGGCAGCCUUUACUGGGCCUUUGUAGGCAUGCAGCUCGUGAGGAAGUUGGUCAGUGAUUCAAUCUUUGUCAUUGAGGUUGCCAUCAUCAACAGCUUUGCUGCUGUACAUCCCUUGAUUGCUGGCUCGAUGAUCUCAGUCCUGGCCAGCGCGUCAAACUUUUUCGGGUCAUUGCCGGAGCAGUGGAUGCCAAUGAGCAUUGACUGCUUGGGUCUCGAGUGGACUAUAGUGGCUCAUACUGCCUUGGGACUGGUGGCAGUAUUGCUACUGGUUCCCUGCAUUGGCUCGGGGAUUUCCAUGCCAGCUGACGUAAAUGGGUAUUGGGGUUAUUAA